GGAGGGAGGGAGGCACAAAUCAACCUGCCUCUUCUUGACUUCAGCAAACAGCACCGGGGAGUUCGCCUAUAGGCGCAGAGACUGAGCUUCAUAUCGUGUUUUUUCUUCUCUGUUUCUCUUUUCGGUUAAGAGGAAGCGAACAGAGCCAGAGGGAAGGAAGCAGCGUCGGCAGGACAGACUCUCUCUCACCGUGGAGACAGAUAGCAGAAAAAUGCUGUCAUGGGGAGAGAAGCGGAGGGAGCCGACAGAGAGGAACAGGAUGAAAGCAGGCAGGGUCGAGCUGGACUGAAACGUGGAGGUGGUCUACAGAUGACGGCUGCAGGCACUGGCCAGCGCACAGCAAUGGAUGCCAUGUUUGACACUUUGAUACAGAGAGCGCCUCUUUAACCCAGAGGGCAAAGAGACCGGCUCCAGUGAUGAUCCCUGUAUGUUUAACUCAACCUAAAUACACAUCUGCACACGUGGAUGGACCCCUCCAGCAACCAACAGUGUGGAUUCCCUUCCUUCUUCAUCAUUCCCUCUCAAGAACUCAGUGACAAAGUGUGGCGUCCCUCAGAGACACCUGUGAGAGCCCAGAAGUCAAGAAGCUUCCUCCAACUUAAGUGGUGUGAAUGAGAAAAUAAUAGUUGCUUUCACUUAGCUGGAUUUUCCAUUUUCAUACUCAGCAUCCCAGUUUCACACCAGCACCUCUGACACCAGAAAAAAAAAUUAACUGUCUGCAGCGGAAAGCUCCGGGGAGAAGAUUGUUAGAUUAGGUUUACAUUUCUCAGGCACCAUGCAGUCAGACGACCUUUUUAUUCGCAAGUUCCGCCGUCAGAACAUGCGCCCCCCCCUCGCCACCGUCAAUUUUGACCCCAAGCGGGAAGCGGGAGUGGUGGAGUGGCCCCCCAGGAGGCCCGGGGACGGCGCCGAUGCAGACUGCAGCCUCACUCCGAGCCGCGUGGGGUUAAAUCUGCGAUCGGUGGGGCGGGGCCCGAUCAUGCAAAGAAGCAACAGUGAUGUUACCCUGGGGGACUUGGACUCCUCUGGGAAAACAGGAGGGAAAGUAAUCCGUGCAGUUGGUGAGAAAGUGGGUACGGGGCCUCAGGGAGACUCAGGGAUGCAUCUGCAUAGGGAGUACGGCAGCCUGUCGUCACUGGAGAGACAAACUCAAGCCCAGGAGCCGGGUGGAGAGAACCAGGGGCCCCUGAGUCCGAGUGCUCUCCGAUUUAAAGACCCUUUUCUGCUUUUAGGAUUGGAGGGAAACCCUCCAGAGCCUGAUGGGUUCUUCAGAGACCUUCCCAGGCCUAUUGGAGACUCCCCAAAACCUGCCAAGCCGCCAAAGCCCGAAGGUCUUAAUAAAAAGUCGAAACCUUUGCCUCCUCAAAUCUCUCAACCUGGUCCGUACGAGCAGCUCGGAGGUGGAGCGUGGGUGAGGAACUUUGCCCACUACGACGUUCAGAGCAUCCUGUUCGACCUCACAGAGGUGGCCACAAACAGAGACAGCAUCGGACGGAAGAAGAACAUCACCUCAGGGGCUUCGGCCGCCUCCCAGCUCCGCCCCCUCGCCCAGUCCACACCCGCCUCACCAGCACAGGGAGGGGGAGGCAGCGGAGGAAACACGGAUGACCAGGAGCAGUCGCUGCUGCUAGACGAAGGUGAUGGCAACGAUAAUGAGCUGCUCCUAAGCUGUCCACACUUCCGUAAUGAGACGGGAGGCGAGGAGCAGGUGGGCUUGGGCCGAUCGCCUGGCAGGAGGGAGCUCUGGUCAAGUCUGCGGACCCCUAAUGAUGCAGUGUCUGUCUUGGAGGAGCCCAGGGAGAGCAAUAUCCAGCUGCAGGGGAAGAGCAACUUCUUCAUUGAGCAUGCAGAUCUGGGAGCGCAUUACUAUCGCAAAUACUUCUACCUGAAAGAACACCAGAACUUCUUUGGGAUUGACGAUCGCCUCGGCCCAGUGGCUAUCAGCUUCCGUCGAGAUGAGAAAGAGGGAUCCAGUGGGGCUCAGUACAAUUACAGAAUCAUCUUCCGCACCACAGAGAUGAAGACACUGAGAGGCUCUAUCCUGGAAGAGUCUGUUCCCUCUGCAGCUCGUCACGCAACCCCAAGGGGCCUGUCCCCCAAGAGGCUGCUGGAGUUCAUCAUGCCUGAGCUCAACCUGCACUGCCUCCGCUUGGCUUCCAACUCCCCAAAGGUCCGGGACACGCUGCUCAAGCUGGACGAACAGGGGCUGAACUUUCAGAGGAAGGUCGGAGUGAUGUACUGCCGCGCCGGACAGAGCUCCGAGGAGGACAUGUACAACAAUGAGAGCUCUGGGCCGGCAUUCGAGGAGUUUCUGGAUCUACUUGGGGAGCGUGUGCGGCUGAAGGGCUGGGAGAAAUACCGAGCUCAGCUGGACAACAAGACUGACUCCACUGGAACACAUUCCCUCUACACACGCUACCAGGACUAUGAGAUCAUGUUUCACGUUUCCACCAUGCUUCCCUAUACAGCCAACAACACACAGCAGCUGCUCAGGAAGCGACACAUAGGAAACGACAUCGUGACGAUCGUGUUCCAGGAGCCGGGCGCCCUCCCCUUCACCCCGAAGUCCAUCCGCUCACAUUUCCAGCACGUCUUCAUCAUCGUUCAGGUUCACGAGCCCGGCACUGAUCACACUUACUACAGAGUGGCCGUGACACGCUCCAAAGACAUCCCGUUAUUUGGCCCUCUGUUUCCCAAAGGCGCGCGGUUUCCCCGCGUGCCUGCCUUCAGAGACUUCCUCCUGGCGAAGGUAGUAAACGCUGAGAACGCUGCAGAGAAAUCAGAGAAGUUUCGCUCCAUGGCCACCCGCACUCGGCAGGAAUACCUGAAGGAUCUGGCAGAAAACUAUGUGACCACAACCCCUAUUGACUCCUCAACCAAGUUCCCCCUCCUCUCCCUUGGGAGCAAACGUAAAGACAAGAUGAAAGGCGCCAAAGGAGCUGAGCUGCACAGCGCUGGAGCUCUGGUGUGGGCGGUGAUGGUCAACAGCAGCGAUGACCCGGAGGCCGGGGAGCAGCAGAAGCUCCCCUGCUUGCUCGGUGUGUCUGCAGAGUCAGUGGUGCUGAUUGAAAGGUGCAGUCGCAGGGUGGUGUUUAACUGCUCCUGUCGAGACGUCAUCGGAUGGAAGGCGAUGACAGAAACAAAGGACGGGGGACCCUGUUUAGAUGUCUUCUAUGAGCGUGGGGACUCUGUAUCAAUUAGUAUGUUGGAGAGUCAAACGGAGGACAUGAAAGAAGUGGUACAAAGGCUGGAGCUGGUCACGCGGGGCUGCGAGGCACUGGAGGUCACUCCCCUGCGGGACGGAGUGGGGCAGCCCGGCUUCUUGAUGAACGAGGAGGGCUUUGUGACGGAUCUGCAGAGGUUCUGCUAUGCCGAGAGCGGAGGCCUGCAGCUCUGGGCUCGAGUGGUUAGGCUGUGCGGGCAUUCCCUGCUUCACUUGAGCCCCGAGGAGAGAAGCAGGCUCCUUCGCACAGCACACAAGAUCCACAUCACCGUCAUCCCACCUGAUGAGAACGGCAAACCUCGCAGGAGUUUCUCGGAGCUUUACCAGAAAGCCAUCAAGGAUGCAGAGUGCAAGUCUGGCGAGGACCAGUCUGGACUGGCCUGGGUGGUGGAAGAGCGGGAAGAAGAAAAACCAGAACAGGAGCAGAAGACGGAGGACCAGGCGAAGGUGGACAAGGUCGACAUGGAAGAGGUCACCGAGGAGGAGUUAAAGGUGGACCAGCUGUGUGACAUGCAGCCCAACCAGCAGAGUCACAGCCUGCUCCUCGAGCCGCCUACCUUACCCUUGUUGAGGGCUACAUCUCUCCAGGAUCAACCAGCCAAUCACAGCGAAGAGGUCAGCGUCUCCCAGCUCACCCGCAGUGUUUCUCUGGAGAAACAGCUGUCCUACACAGACACCUGUGAUGGACACGUGUACGGCAACACGAUGAUGAAGGAACAGCACCACAUAUACGAGAAUGUUGGGGAGCUGAGGGACGCCACGCCCGACCUGAUCCUGGCUGUAAAACCCAAAGUUCCUCCGGAGGAUGAGCAGUUCAUGGGCUUUGACCUUGAAGAGGACAAGGCUUCAGCGAGUGACUCAUCUUUCUCCUCUUGCCGGCUAUCGAGUGUAGACCGAGCUGAGAGAAAUUCCCGAGCCCUCAGUCUUCAUAACUCCAUUACCAAGAUUCUGUCUGAGACGACAGACUCGACAGAUGAGGAGUGGCAGUCAAUCUCCGACCUGGCGACAGCCUGUCGCAGCAUCCUGGAGGCUUUGUCCAAAGAAGACCGCAAAGCCGGGGAUUCCUCUCAAGGAGGAACUGAUCAGACAGACGGAAAACUGAAGGACUCAAAGGACAGCGACUCUCCAGGCCACCUCGAGGAGAAGGUGUCGCAGCUGGAGGCCAUGUUGAAGAAGCUGCAAGAUGACCUGCAAAAGGAGAAAGAGGACAAGGCGGUGCUGCAGGCCGAGGUGCAGAGCCUCAGGCAGAACAACCAGCGGCUGCAGGAGGAGUCGCAGAGCACAGUGGCCCGCCUCAUCAAAGUCACUGAGCUGCUGUGCAACGUCAACAAACCCUGUUAGGUCCCCUUGCUGCUUGACGAUGCAAAUCCUCCAGAGCGCCUCCAUGCUCAACGCCAUCUCUUGAUCAUGUAUUGAUAGCUGCAAAAGUUAAAACAUGCAGGCAAGCGUGGUCCUGCCUGCUGGAGAAGAAGUAUGCAAAAGAGAAAAAAAAAAAAGUAGACUGACUUGCACAGGCUGCUGUAGAGAGCUCCUCUUGGAGUGUGUGCGUGUGUGUAUGUUUGCGUGUGUAUAUGCCCGUGUUCCUUGCUUCAAAUACUUGACAAGCUCUGCUAAGUAGCACUUACAUAAGAGGUUUUCAAUUAAGACAGAGAGACACUGUAUAGCAUGUUUAGUGGUGUCUAAUGGAAAAUUAACAAAAGUGUAUAAAACAUAGUAAGCAGUAUCAGCAGUAAUAUAAGUGAACAGUAGUAUUGCUUUGUUCUCUGGCAUACAUGUAGAGUGUGGUUUCUGUGUGGCACAGAUGGGAAGGUUGGCCUGAAAUUAAAAUAAAAGUAAAAACAACAGUUUUAAGUCUGCAGGCAGCCCUCUACUUUAAAAGAUUUAAAGACGCUUACUGACCUGACUGGACUAAGAGCGAGGUCUGUUAUGUAACAACAUCAUCCUCUAUCUUCACCUCUCAGUAGUACUGUAUGUAAGUAAUGUUUUUUUCUUUUUUUUUUUUAAGAAAAGAUUAACAAAGGGACUUGGAAAAAAAAGGAAGGUUAAAAAAAAAAUCAAACUGCUUGUUCUUCUGGGAUUUUCUUUUUUUUAUAAAGCAGCAUAAAGAGGAAACCCCAAAAAGGUUGCGAUACCUCUCCUUGAAGACGCAUACUCUGGCAGGAAUAAACAGCUUCAGCUUCCUUUCAUGACUGCCUGUAGCUGCUAAUCUUCUAACCUCACUACUGUAGCAGCCAUAACUGUAGAAGGUCUCCUCCUGCUGGCCUGAACGGCAGCUCUUAUUUUACAGCUAGGGCUUCACAGGGGGGAUGCAUUUAUGGUAUUUAACAAUAUUUGUUUCUGUUUGAUGGAUCUGACCAAUAGUGGUAAUUGCUUUAGAGUGACAGCAGUGGGUCAAAAUAUUCUUACCACCUUGAUUAGAGAUGCACCGAAAAAGAUGCACCGUGUGGUGAUUAAAGCAGUCAUAGUUUCAUUGAUCACCACUUUACAGGUGAACGCUCAAUUAAAACCUCAGAUAUUGAGUCGUUUCCAAGCAGUAAACAUACAGAUCCAUCUAACAACACCAUUCGGUAUCGAAGUAAAUGAUGGAAAAAGAGUCACAGUUACGUAUUUAAGAAUAAUUCAAAUUAAAAGGAAGCAGUAGAGGAGAGCAAUUUGCAUUUUGUUUCAUCCCCGUUUCAUAUGUCUGAACUUUUGGUUGUUUUAAAAUCUGUUUUGAGUAAAAUAAUUAACUGUUUGCUAAAGAAGUUCAGUUUCUGUUAGGAAUGUUUCUUUAAAAAAAAAAUCACCAUCAGACAAACAGCAGGAAGCCUGAGAUUAUCACAGCACAGAUUUUUCAUUUGUUUUAUGAUUUUGAGUUUUCAGUCUGUCCAAAAUGUGAGAAGCAGGAUUUGGAAAUGUUUGAAAAUUUCUGCUUUCAGGAAAACGAUUCUCUAACUACAUAUGUUAUGUUUACCUAAUAAGUAAGAAUGUGGAACUAGGAAUGAGAACCAAAGGUGCUAAAGUUUAUUGGGAAACAAUGAACAUUUAUUUCUUCAUAUUUUCUGCAGCCAGUCCCUUAAAAAAUUCUUAUUUAAAUCACCUUAAAAUAUUUUACCUGUAACUUAAUAUUUAGUAAUUUUGGUGCGUCUGCCAGUUAAUUAGAAAAAAUAAUUUAACUAUACAUCUUAUAUUUUUAUUUUAAAGCAAUUUUUAUAUAGCUUUAAUAAUUCACCAAAUUGACAAAAGACAGAUUUCUAUUGUACUGCCAUUAAAACGUCAGUUUUCUUCAUCCUAAAGAGUUGAAGAGCUGCGGCUCCUCAGAGAAAAGCACACAGAGGCUGCUUUACUAGCGCUGAUCUUCUUUAACAUAAGAUAUUUUAAAUGACAAAACAAAUGGCUUGAUCAUUUCAGUAAAAUCCUGUUCCAUAGUGUUUCAAACAAAAAACAGGACAGUACCACUGUGAUAUCAGUAAUGUUAGCCGUGCUAAUGUUAGAGGAUUUCUUUCUCACUCACACAGGUAAUUCAUUAUCUAAUCAAUGCUGAAAGACAAGAACAGAAAUACUGUUGUCAUAUUAAUGCCCCCUGUGCUAGAUUGCAAAUUGCUAAUAUACUUUGAUAAAGUACUAAGUUUGAUAAAGCUGAAUUUAAAAACCCAUUGCACAAUAGUUCCUCUCUUCAUGCUUUCAUUUUCUAUCCAUGUUUGCUACUUAAAUCACUGCAUAUCUAUAUGUUUUAUUUUUAGAGAAAUACAAAAAUCUCAAAUCCCAAAUUUUUAAAUCCCUUCUUAUUUUAGCUCUAGUUGCUAUUGGAAUCAGUUGACUCUAUUGAAAUAUAACAUACUAUGAUCAAAUUGAACUAAUUCAAAGUGACCUGCUUGUGUUUAUUCUUUAUUUAGUCAUGGUACAACCUCUCUACAGCAGAUUAGGAGCCGACAACAGAAACCGACUUUGAAUCAUGGGUUCCCAAAGCGGUGCUAAACAUCCUUUUUACGAGUACAAAAUGUUCUGCACUAUUUCAUACUCAAAUAGGUCAAAUUCUAAGCAACCAAUAACCUAAAGGUACUAAAUACCAAUCCUCCACUCACUGCAGGAAAGCUAAAUAUAGCCAUUAAAGUAAAUAAAAAGUUGGAUAUCAGCCACAUUUCUCUGAUCGGUGCAUCUCUAAGCUAAACCUUUGCUUGUGUUCUUCCAUGUUUUCUUGCACUUUUCCAUUCAUCAGUGUAACACUGGACAUGUGAAAAUACUGUUUUCCGUUCAAACUGUUAAAGAUUAGGAUUACGUCUCCUUUAUGUGAUCUUAACUUCCCGUCGAUACUCGCCUUCCCUCAGUGGUGUGUGUUCAGCUCUAAUGGAGUCGGUGUGUUUUGAGGAUUUCAACAACAAAUCCAAAAUAAAAUGGCUGACCGCAAACUCUCUCACAAAACACACAGAAAGUGUUGCCAAACAUUAAGACUGCAGUUUCUUUUUUUUUUACCUUGUACAGACUUCCCCCUGUGAUUUAAUUUUUUAGUCACUGUGAAUAACUGGUACCAGCAUAAGAAAAGUGAAUUGAGAAUCUAAACUUUUCCACGUCGGCGCACUGGGCAUGCUCUCCUUUUUCGCGGGACGAUUAGUGUCAAUCAAAGGCUCCGUCGCUUAAAGGGAGAGCCGUGUACGGGAAAAGACCUGUUUUACUGUGUCUUGCGUAUUUAUUUAGAUUGUAGGAGACUGGUCAAGCAUGACAACGUGCCAAGCCACUUCCAAGCCUCCCCUCGUUGUAUGUUUCUGUGUAUAAAAAUGUAAUGUAUUAAUAAUGCAAAUGUGGACUUUUAUUGUAGCUGUUCAAACUGGAUUGAAGGUUUAAAAAAUGAAAAUGUGAACUAUGGUGGCGAAGCAAAGUGGACUGAGUUUAAAAUGUUGCUUUACUUUUCUAGUAAAAUGAUUAUGAUGUAAAAUGAAGUGAUGAUUCCUGAAACAUAAUGUAUAAAUGAUGAUAUUCUGAAGUUAAGUUAUUUGAAAUAUUGAAAAAUGGUCAUCAGGUAUGCCUUAAUGAAUGGAUUCCCUCUUUCAGAAUGGAUGCUCAAACUGGUCAUGCUGGUGUAAUGUGAACACUCUUGACCUUGUGCCUACCUGAAAAUGUAAUGUGUGCCAAUCCAGUUGAGUUUUUUUUUUCCCUUUGGUGAUAUUUUUGCAGUUAUAGUCAUCAUUAUUUCCUUUGGUUAUUUUUUUUAAAUCCUUUUUAUACUUGGUUGCUCUUGGCGAGUUUGUGUUUUAUGUAAUAUAUAUAUUUUCUCUAUUAUUUGAAUUGGAUUUCUUUGGCAGAUGAAGAUUUCCUACCACGGUGUCUCAACAUCUGGUCUUUCAUCUGCUGUGUAAGGAAAAGUCAGUGAGUGCCACGUGAUCUAAAGAUCAAGUAAUAAUAACAGACUUUUACCAUUAAUCCCUAAGCUUCACUGAAGGUUUCGACCUACUAUUAUUUAAAUGUGUUUUUUUUUGUUUGGAUUCAAAGGCAAUGGUGCUGAAAAUGAUGGAUGGUUAAGUUUGCGUGAAAAAAAAUGGGUUGAGCUUCCAUGAAUGAAUUAUUCUUUAAUUAUUUAAAUGUUUCAAUAUCGUUUGUCUAUUAUAGAAAAAAAAAAUGAAACUGUGGGGGAGUGAAAGAAGGAAUCAAAAAUGAUGUGGCAUUACAUGCUCUUUCUUGACCUAAGCUGGAAGUGCGGCAAUUUAAAAAAUGUGCACAUGUAAAGUCCACACAGAUAUUUGACAAAUAUCCCCAAAGCAGAUUAUACUAAGAUGUUUGUUUAGCUGAGUUUGAAAUUGAUGGAGUGAUUGUGGAGAAUAUUUGGCUAUUAAAAAGAAAAUUCAGUA